AUGAUGGCGCCAAUGACUCUUGACCGUGGCAAGCGCAAGGCUUCCGAGGAAUGGGUUCCGGCAGUUGAUCCCCCCCAUCCGAUGAAAAAGGCGAAAACGGAGUCUCCCAGCAAGGAAGAUGAGGAGGACGAGCAGCAGGUUCUCAAACUCGUGCCGUACCCGGAAAAGCCUGCUGUUAUAGAAGAACGAGAUGGAACGAUCGAAUUCCGGGUUGUUAACAAUGAUGGCGAGCGGGAAAGCUUUAUCAUUCUCACCGGUCUCAAAUGCAUAUUUCAGAAGCAGUUACCAAAGAUGCCGAAAGAUUAUAUCGCCAGGCUAGUGUAUGAUAGGACUCAUUUAUCGAUUGCCCUUGUAAAACACCCCUUAGAGGUAGUAGGGAAAUUCGCAGAGAUUGUGUUUUGUGCCAUAUCCUCCGACCAACAGGUCAAGGGAUAUGGAGCCCACCUAAUGUCACAUUUAAAGAAACAGGGAUUCACGAAAGAUAUCUCACUCGAGAAAUCCAUUUGGAUGGGUUAUAUCAAAGACUAUGAGGGAGGCACAAUUAUGCAAUGCACAAUGCUCCCGAAGAUCCGGUAUCUUGAAGCCGGGCGGAUGCUCAUAAAACAAAAGGAAGCUGUCCAUGCAAAAAUCCGAGCCUUUAGCAAAUCGCAUGUUGUCCAUGCGCCACCCAAGGAAUGGAAAAAUGGUGCAUAUAAAAUCGACCCUCUAAGUAUCCCCGCGAUUAAGGAAUCUGGAUGGUCGCCGGAUAUGGAUGAGUUAGCCCGUCAGCCCCGCCAUGGUCCGAACUAUAACCAACUACUUCGCCUCCUCAACGACAUGCAAAAUCACACAUCCGCCUGGCCAUUUACUCAACCUGUCAAUGGAGAUGAGGUGCCCGACUAUUACGAAGUGAUAAAAGAACCAAUGGAUCUAUCCACAAUGGAGGAAAAGCACGAGAAGGAUUUGUAUCCAACGCCGCAAGACUUCAUCAAAGACGCCAAGUUAAUUUUUGACAAUUGCCGAAAGUACAACAAUGAGAACACCUCGUACGCGAAAAGCGCAAACAAGCUUGAGAAGUUUAUGUGGCAGCAAAUCAGAAAUAUUCCUGAGUGGUCGGUGAGUCUCAACUGGCAUUCCCCAUGCGAAAACGCUUACGGUUUUAACUACGGUGUAUCUCAGCUAAUCAAUCUAUGA